AUGUUUCUCAUUUACUUGGGGAGAAAGGCCUACCAGUCGAUCACGCGCCAAACGCAAAAAACACCGGCCACGAAACCAGCCGGGACAGAAGUAUCAGCAAGUGAGGGUACCAGUUACCAAGACAAGAACAGCCAGAAUCCAUCAGACAGAACGUCGAGUACACCAGCUUGUAGUCACCAAUUUGAUUCGACAUCUGGGCCAUGCCUGACUUGCAAGUCUGAUCGCCGGGCACAGUUGAAGUACAGAGUCAAGAUCUUUGCCGGGCUAGUUCUCCCUUGGGUAGUCCAGGCCUUGGACGUGACAAUCGUCGCAAGUGCAUUGCCCUGGAUUGCAGCAGAUUUCCACGAGACUCGCCAGCUCAACUGGAUCAUCGCAGCCUUCAACCUCACAUCAGCCGCGUUCAUCCCAUUCUGGGGCCAGGUCGCCGACAUCUUUGGACGCCAUAUUUCGAUCCAGAUGUGUCUGGUGCUGAUGCUCAUAGGUAGUGCGCUAUGCACCGGCGCCCCGGUGGAUGCCUUCCCCGUUCUCCUGCUCGGCCGUGGCUUUCAAGGCCUGGCUUGCGCUGGUCUAAACGUUCUCGUCCGUAUCGUCAUCGCUGACAAGGUCUCGCUGCGUGAGAAUGCCAAGAACUGGGCAAUCUUUUCACUCUUGGGGGGUGUUUUGGGAUGGGGACUGGGUCCUGUUGUGGGAGGAUACAUCACCAGCGGGUCGUCUUGGAGAUGGUGCUUUGGCAUUAACCUGCCCAUCGCCUUCGUCAGCAUCUUCAUCCUCUACUUCGUCCUUCGUUCCGAACUCCUCGGGCCACAACCCAUCCCACAGCUAGACGAGACGACCGAGACGGGCCGACGUACGACAUUCAAAAAGCGUCUACAGACAAUCGACGUCGGAGGCCAGCUUCUCUUCCUGUUUGGCUUCGGUCUCCUGGUCCUCGCCUUAACGUGGGCCGGCGCCACGUACUCGUGGACGAGCCCCGCCGUCCUCGUAACGCUCAUCCUCGGGGUCGUGAUCAGCAUACUGUUCAUCGUCUGGGAGUACCACAUGUCGCCGGGUAAGGCCCUAGCCCGCCGCUUCCCGUGGCAAAAAGCCAUGAUCCCCUGGGAGUUGGUUCGCAACAGGGAUAUUGGCCUCUUGUUCUACACCUCUUUCGCGACUGGCAUGUCCAUGUACUCUGUCUUGUACUUUUGCAACAUCUACUUCACAAUGGUGAAGCUUUGGUCAGCGGACAAGUCUGGUAUCCAGCUGCUGUACUUCACUCCGGGCCUAGCAGUCGGUGUUUACGCCUCCGCUUUCCUGUGCAACAGCUGGCCGCGCAAGACGUUUCCGUCCAUCUUCAUCGGAUCGAUUCUGGAGAUGCUCGGCAUUGGGUUGCUGGCGUGGGCAAUCUACACGGAGCACGACCCGACCGUAUACGGGAUGAUGGCUCUCACCGGUGUCGGCAUCGGUCUCCGCAUUAUGCCCGUCCCUCUCCACGGCGUCGGUUAUUUCCCCAAGAAAAUCGCUGCUGUCAUUUCUCUCAUGGCAGUCGCCUAUCCCUUUGGCGGAACUUUGGGUUUAACCAUCAUGACGACCGUGUUCAACAACGCAUCAGGAAUCAGCGAGGACUCGCCCUUGAGAGACUUUGAGGCCCUCGGCAGUCUGCCCACCACGACGCAGCAGCAGGUCACUCACAACGCCAAGAUGGGCGUUGUCUGGGCAUUUGUCGCCAUAUGUCCGUUUAUGGUCCUUUGCACGAUCUCGGCCUCGUUCCUAGGCAAUGUAUACAUUGGCAAAGUCGAGGAAGGCGAGAAUGAGAGGCAAAACGAGAUUUACGAAGGCGUCUACUUGCUUAGCUAUUUCCGCAGGCGAGGAACCACCAAGAACGUCAGGAGACGAGAGCAUCUGUCGGGCGGAGAAUUGACUCUGCAGUAG